AUGACAGAAUUAUUAUUGGAUCCAAAUAUACGGUUAUGGGUGUUUUUGCCUAUAGUAAUCAUUACAUUCCUCGUUGGAAUAGUAAGGCACUAUGUAUCGAUUAUACUAUCUUCUCAAAAGAAAAUUGAACUAUUACAAGUUCAGGACAGCCAAGUAAUGAUUCGGGCUCGUUUACUUCGUGAAAAUGGUAAGUAUCUGCCAAAACAGUCUUUUGCUAUGCGUCGACAUUGGUUUAAUAAUGAGGAUACAGGAUAUUUUAAAGUCCAAAAACGAGCAGCUGCUUCCCAGAACCCAAUGACAGAUCCAGGCAUGAUGACAGAUAUGUUGAAGGGAAAUGUGACUAAUGUGCUACCCAUGAUUGUAAUUGGUGGUUGGAUUAACUGGAUGUUCAGUGGCUUUUUGACAACAAAAGUUCCAUUCCCAUUGACACUGCGUUUCAAGCCAAUGUUACAGCGUGGUGUGGAACUUGCAUACCUAGACGCAUCAUGGGUGUCCUCAGCGUCAUGGUAUUUUCUUAAUGUUUUUGGACUGCGUACAAUAUAUGCUUUGGUUUUGGGAGAAAAUAAUUCUGCUGAUCAGUCUAAAGUUAUGCAAGAACAAAUGUCCGGGGCUGCAAUGGCAAUGCCUCCAGAUCCCAAAGCUGCCUUCAAAGCAGAAUGGGAAGCCUUAGAGAUCACAGAGCAUCGGUGGGCUCUUGCUAAUGUAGAAGCUGAUGUGUUAGCUGAAAAGGCA